GCUGGCGCCGCGCUCUGCAGCCAGCUCAAGCUGGUGCCGCCAUCAGCCUGUACUCCGGAGCUGGAGGAGAAGGUGCUCGAGCUGCAUAAGACUCACAGAGGCCAGACGCCUGCGGAGGCGGAGCUGAACUACCUGGAGAACGCCAAGAAGCUGGCGAUGUACGGCGUGGACCUCCACCCCGCUAAGGAUUCGGAGAACGUCGACAUCACCCUCGGCGUCUGCUCCUCAGGACUUCUCGUGUAUCGGGAGAAGCUCCGUAUCAAUCGCUUCGCGUGGCCCAAGAUCUUGAAGAUCAGCUACAAGCGGCACAACUUCUACGUGAAGCUGCGGCCCGGGGAGUUCGAGCAGUUCGAGUCCACGGUCGGCUUCAAGCUCGCCAACCACCGCGCCGCCAAGAAGCUGUGGAAGACGUGCGUCGAACAUCACACAUUCUUCAGACUGAUGAGCCCCGAGCCGGCGCCGCGCGGCACUCUGUUCCCGCGACUGGGCACCAAGUUCCGGUACAGCGGGCGCACGCACUACGAGUCCCGCGCCGCGCCGCCGCAGCGCGCGCCGCCGCUCUUCGCGCGCACGCUCUCCAACAGGAAGCUCUCCUCGCGCAGCAUGGACGCUCUGGCGGCGGGUGACAAGGAUGAGUCGAUGCCGCCUGACGCGGCCAAGCGACACACGAUGCCGCCGCAGCCCGCGCCUCGACCUACCAUCAAAGACAAGAAGCCGCCGCCAGGGGCAGUGAAAGUGAUGCCCACAGCACCGCCAGACAAGAAGGAAGAGAAGAAGACAAUUGAGAGGAAACCUGCUGAAAAUGGAACAGACACAACUAGUGAUCCUGGUAUCACAAACAACGUGGAAACUCCCAAGAGAUCAAAGGCGGGUGGUUUUGGACUUUUCGGUAGCAGAAAAGACAAGUCGCCUAAAGAAGAGAAACCACCGAAAGAUAAAUCACCAAAAUCGAAGGAUAAAUCGCCAAAAGAAAAAGAUAAGAAAUUGAAAGAACCUAAAGCUAAAGUCGCCGUACUCGAUACAUCCGCUGAUAGCUCCAAUCUGGAUAGUUCAGUCGAAAAGAGUCCAGUAAAAGACAGCAAGCCGAGCUUUACAAAGCCUUACGAAUAUACCGACACUGAAAAGAGUCCAACUCGUACCAAACCUUUCAUACAAGGUGCAUUCAGUUACGAAAAAGAACCUAUUUCUGACGAAAAGCAAAGAAGUCUCGAUGAAAGUCAGAGCCCGACGACCAGAAAAGCAGGACUCGCUUUUAACUAUGCGCCCGGCGAAGAAACGAAUCUGGUGGAGAGUGCACAGAAACGAAAAACUCCAGAAGAUCUCAAUAAAUUGAAAACACCUGGAAUUGAUUAUGUACAGUCAGCAGCCUUGAAAGAACAAGCGAAGGGACCGAAACAUCUCAUCGAUCCUACAUUAGCAUUAUUAGACUCCGAGAGAGCUCAUCAUGAAACACCGGUCGCUGCAGCGAUACCUAUUGUCAAGAAAGAAAACGAAAUACAAGUCGUUAUUAUUACAGCCCGAUAUAAUCCUAAGAAUAAGAAAUUAGAUGAUGCCAACGGCACCGUACUCAUAAAUAAGGGUACAUUAAAUAAAGCUAACGGAAAGAUACAAACAGACACUGAGCUUAUCAACACAAAGUCCGGUCAAGUUAACUACACUGAUUUUAAAACUGGCAAACAAGAAGUCAAAAAUGGUCAUGUGGAUUCUAAAUCGGGCCACAUUUUAUUCACUUCUGGAGUUAUCGAUCCUAAAACAGGAAAAAUCGAUCCCACUUUGGCGCAGCAAUACUGCUUCGUUGAGAAGUCCAAAGAUAAUGUUGGGGCUAAACCUGGCAGAGAAGUCGAUUUAGUUGUUAUAACAAGUAAAUACGACGGUAAGCAUAAAAAACUUGAUCCUUCACAUGCGCACGUGGAUGUGUCCAAAGCUGUCGUCGCACCCGAUGGUACUGUACAUUCUAACUAUGGCCUAAUCGAUCCCAGAAGCGGUAAAAUCGAUUACGUUGACCCGAAAACUGGCAAACAAGAUCCAAAACAAGCAUACGUAGACCAAAAGACGGGCAAUCUACUUGUAACGACUGGAGUUCAUGAUCCGAAGUCCGGGAAAGUAGACUCAUCGCUCGGACAACAGUUUAGUAUCGUCGAGAAAGACGCAACAAAGGCGAAUAGAGAAGUAAGAUUAGUUGUGAUAACGAGCAAAUAUGAUGUUAAAUCUAAAAAAUUAGACCCGACAUUUGCUCAUGUUGACUCAAUUAAAGGUGUGUUGAGCGGAUCUGACGGGAAAAUUUAUUCAGAAUAUGGUAUUAUAGACCCGAGAACUGGUGAAAUUCAAGUAACCGAUACUAAGACUGGUAAGCAGGAAAUCAAACAAGCUUCAGUCGAUCCUAAGACUGGUAACAUUCUUCUUCUCUCUGGUGUCAUCGACCCUCGAACAGGUCAAUUAGACACUACUCUAGGACAACAAUACAGUAUUGUCGAUAAGCCAAUUUCCACCUUUGCUACUGUUCCUGGUAAGGACGUCCAAGUUGUAGCAAUAACCAGCAAAUAUGACUCUAAGAACAAGAAAUUAGACACACCCAACGGGUUCGUUGAAAUAUCUCAAGGUAUUAUCAGCGACAAAGAUAGCAAAGUUCAUUCGAAUUUCGGUAUUUUGGACCCCAACACAGGAAAGAUUCAUUUCACUGAUCCCAAGACAGGAAAACGCGACUCAAAACAAGCUACAAUAGAUCCGAAAACAGGCAGUUUUGUCGUGACUUCCGGUGUAAUCGAUCCAAAGACGGGCAAAGUUGAUUCUUCACUUGCACAACAGUUAAGUAUUGUCGAUAAAGAUGCGAGGAAAGGAGUACCGGAGAGACGAAUCAAUUUAGUCGUUGUCACGGCCAAGUACGACCCUAAGCAGAAGAAGUUAGACCUUGCCACUUCACAUGUCGAUACAUACCCUGGUACUGUGGAUAAUGAUGACAAAGUACAUACCGAAUUCGGAGUAAUUGAACCUAGCACAGGACAAAUUACCGUUACUGAUCCUGUAACGGGCAAACCUGAAAUAAAGAAGGCAGCCGUCGAUUCAAAGACGGGUAACUUAUUGCUUACGUCGGGAGUCGUUGACCCCAAAACUGGAAAAGUAGAUAACACUCUAGGACAGCAGUUUAGCAUCGUCAAUACACCUAAGGACACAUUCGCUGUUGUUCCUGGUAAGGAAGCACAAUUAGUAAUCAUAACUAGUAAAUAUGAUGCUAAGAAUAAAAGAUUAGACAACCCUAACGGGCAUGUUGAUACUUCAAGAGCUAUUAUCGCUUCAGACGGCAAAGUUCAUUCUAAUUACGGAAUUCUAGACCCAAAAACGGGCAAAGUUGAACAUUUUGAUACGGUAUCGGGAAGACAAGAGAUUAAACAAACCGCUGCUGAUCCAAAAACUGGUUAUUUCAUUCUUGCGACUGGCGUCGCAGACCCUAAGACUGGCAAGACAGAUUCUUCCCUUGCUCAACAGUGGUCAGUAGUAGAUAAAGAUGCAUUAAGAGAAAAACAUGUGAAUUUAGUUAUAGUCACAUCGAAAUACGACCCCAACAAUAAGAAAUUAGAUCUCACGGAUGCUCAUGUUGACUCAGUUCCUGCCGUUCUUAAAGACGAUGGCAAAGUUUACUCAGAAUUUGGCACGAUAGAUCCCAGCACAGGACAAAUUACGACUGUUGAUCCGAUAACUCGUAAACAGGAAAUAAAAACAGCCUCUGUUGAUGAUAAAACAGGAAAUCUUUUAUUGACAUCGGGCGUUGUUGACCCCCACACAGGAAAAGUCAACGCAGGUUUGGCACAACAGUUGUCUAUUAUCAGCAAAGAUGGCGAUAAGAUUCCUACAGUACCUGGCCGAGAAGUGCAACUUGUUGUCAUCACAAAUAAAUAUGAGCCUAAAACUAAACGAUUGGAAAAUCCUAACGGUCAAAUACAAACUUUACCUGCUGUUAUCACAAAUGAUGGCAAAGUACAUGCAAAUAAUGUUACAUUGGAUCCCAAAACGGGUAAAAUCGAACAAUUAGACCCUAAGACUGGGAAACCUGAUGUAUCACAAGCUGUUGUUGACAAUAAAACGGGUCAUUUUAUCCUUUGUUCUGGAGUUGUAGACCCCAAAACCGGAAAAUCUGAUUCUUCUCUGGGACAACAAUGGUGUGUAGUAGACAAGGACGCGUCAAAACGUGCACCUGGAAGAUAUGUCAAUUUAGUUAUAAUUACAUCGAAAUAUGAUCUUAAGAAUAAAAAACUGGAUCUUUCCAACCCACAUGUCGACACGAUUUCGGGUACAGUCGGUGCCGACGACAAGGUUUAUACGGAUAUCGGUGUUAUUGAUCCUGCUACAGGGCAAGUGACAUUAAUUGAUCCCAUUACUAAGAAACAAGACAUUAAGAAGGCAACUGUUGAUCCCAAAACUGGAAACUUAUUGCUAACAUCAGGCGUUGUGGACCCACAUACAGGACAUGUAGACCCGAAUCUAGGUCAACAACUAAGUGUUGUUGAAAAACCAAAAGAUACGUUUGCGCCUGUUCCAGGAAGGGAAGUACAGCUAGUUGUGAUAACUAGCAAAUAUGAUUCGAAAAAUAAAAGGUUAGAUAAUUCUAAUGGUCAUGUUGAAUCUUUAAGGGGAGUUAUAGCCGCAGAUGGUCUCAUUCAUUCUAACCAAGGAGUACUUGAUCCUAAGUCUGGCAAAAUCGAACAUGUCGAUCCGAAAACGGGUAAGACUGAAGUAAAACAAGCAGUUGUCGAUCCUAAAACUGGUCAUUUGAUUCUAGCCUCUGGAGUUACAGAUCCAAAAACAGGAAAACCAGAUUCAACUCUUGGGCAGCAACUUAGUGUUGUUGACAAAGAUGUCAAGCCUCUACAACGAGAAAUACAUCUAGUAAUAAUUACCACUAGAUAUGACCCAAGAACUAAGAAAAUCGAUCCGAAUCAAGGAUACGUCGAUACUGUUAGUGCAACACUUACUCCUGAUGGUAAAAUUACUUCCGAACUUGGAACGCUUGAUACCGCUACUGGUGAAAUAACAUUAGUAGACCCUGUAACAGGUAAACGAGACGUUAAGAAAGCUAACGUAGAUCCGUCGACUGGAUAUCUGCUAGUAACAAGUCAAGUAGUCGAUCCGAGAACUGGAAAAGUUGAUCCAACAUUAGUGCAGCAAUAUAGCGUGGUUAGCAAAAAAGUCGUGCCACACACUAAACCAGUCUCUAAAGGAGAAAUUCGACUUGUCAUAAUUACUGGAAAAUAUGACCCAAGAACGAAAUCUGUGGACGCUGGUGCGGGCACAGUUGAAGCUUCUAAAGGCUAUGUUAGUGCUGAAGAUGGAAAAAUACACACUGAUUUUGGGAUCAUUGAUCCAAGAUCGGGACAAAUAUUCUACAAAGAUCCUAUCACGGGAAAACAGGAAUUGAAACAGGCUGAAAUUGAUCCACAGACUGGAAACUUUGUAGUGACAACAUCAGUGGUAGAUCCCGCCACUGGUAAACUAGAACCUUCUUACGCUCAACAACUUGCAAUUGUUGAUAAGCAGAAUGUACUGUCUAAAGCGGCAUCCCCGACGCAAAGAGUUAGCGUCUCGUCGGCUAAGCAAGCGGUAUCACCUAUAAAGAUCCCCACUCAGACUCCUAUCCAGACACCGUUAAAAUCGCCAGUAAGGACUACUUCACCUGUCAUUAGUAGUCAAACCCAAAAGGCUUCGCCCGUAACAUCUGUGACACCAGUUCAUAAAACAGCACCGGUUAAACCUACAGGCGCACCACCAGCUCCUCCCAAGAGAAAGAUUGUAAAGAUUAUGGUUAUAUUUGCUAGAGUAGAUCCUAAAACCAAGAAACCGGACCUGGGUACUGCAGAAGUUGAGCACAUAACCGGUAUCUUAGAUCCCAAUGGCCAGAUCGAAACCAAGUAUGGGGUUCUCGAUUCAAAUACCGGUAAUUUAUUUGUGAGCGAUCCUAGCGGCCAGCGGAAAACAAAAGACGGUGUUGUGUUCCCCGAAACUGGACAAAUUUUCAUCCCAUCUGGUGCAGUCGAUCCAAAGACUGGAAAAGCUGACCCAACUUUAGGAAUGAUAUUAAGCGUCGCCAAACAAGAUGAUCCUGUUGUAGAAAUAACUACAAUAACAGGCCCAAUAGAUCCCAGGACUGGAAAAGUUGAUAUUGAAAAUGGAUCAGUGGAGCAUACUAAAGGAAAGGUGGACGCAGAAACAGGUCAUAUUUCGACCAAAUAUGGUGUUAUAGAUCCUUCAAACGGUGUCAUCUUUGUAACAGACACGUCAGGCGCUCAAGAUACUAAACCAGUAGAUAUUGACGAAAAUAACGGACAGAUUACGAUUACCGGUGUCGCCGACCCUAAAACUGGAAGACUCGAUCCUAAACUUGGUCAAAUAUUGGUCGUUGGAACACACAUAGAUCCCGUAGUCGAGGUUACCACAUUUGUUGGUAAAGUCGAUUCAAAGAAAGGAAUAAUAGAACCAAAACAUUCCGUUAUCGAAAGCACGACAGGUCAGUUCAAUCCGGACAAUAACAAAAUCGAUACGAAGUACGGCCAGAUCGAUCUAUUGAAAGGUACCGUGACAUACAAUGAUCCUAAGACUGGUAAAUUCGAAAGCAAGGAAUUAAACGUAGACCCCGUCACCGGACAGUUCCUUCUCAGAAGCGGACAGAUCAAUCCCAAAUCUGGUAAACCCGACAAAGACAUCGGUCGUUUGAUUUGUUUGCGAAUAAUUCGUAAUAAAGUCGACCCCGUUUCCGGCAAGCAAAUCGUAUCAAACGAUCCUAGGAACGUCAAAGUCGAUCCCAAAACUAACCAGAUUUGGAUCGCAGGACCAAAAGAUCCACAGACCGGUGAGGUUUUGUAUACGGCCGGACAAAUUGACCCUGUCACCGGCUACAUCAUAACUAUUUAUGGCCGCCUCGACCCGAAGACAGGAACAAUUAUUAAAACCACCGAAAUUGACAAAACCCUCAUCAAGGUCGACCCGGUGAACGGACAAAUUUACACGGCCACCGGAGAAGUCGACGAAGAUAACCAACCUCUCUACUCCGCAUCACAAGUUGACCCCGGUACUGGGGAAAUCUAUACCAAGCUGGGUAAAAUCGAUCAGAGAACCGGCAGGCUAAUCAUUGUCAAGAUUUACGUUAUCACACAGAAAGACGAGAAGGGUCGCGUCAAGGAAGUCGACCCGCGUGAGUGCACAAUAGACGAAACCACCGGUAGAAUAAUAACAACAAAAACCGUCUAUCUUUACCAAAUUAUCGACCCAAUAACAGGAGAGACCAUCGACGUGGACCCUGACGAUCCAAGACUCAAAGGUGCUCGUACCACCGUGACGCAAACGAUGACUUUAUCGGGCAAAAUCGACCCGAUAACUGGCAGAAUAAAGACCGAGUACGGCGACAUCGACCCCGACACGGGCGACAUCGACCCUAGCACUGCGGUGCGCGACCCCGUCACCGGGCAACUGAUCCUGCACUACUCGCAAAUCGACCCCUCGCACUUCGAGGAUAAGAGCGGCAAUUACACAAUCGAGAAGGAAACACAGGACCUGCCCGCCAACAUCGACAUACAGACCGUUAACACGCACAAGUUCAGCACGUUCGGAAAGGACGAAAGCCCCGCGCGCGGCGACGAGCCCAAGACCUUCACCGAGUACUCCACCAGCGAGCACAUCCGGCACCAAGGCUUCGUAUCGGCUAGCACCCCCCUCUCCUCUAAGAUCCCGGUUUCGCAGCGGUCGAAGAAGACUCCCACGCCUCCCGUCGUGGUCAAGACGACCACCAAGCAGUUGCUGACAAAGAACGAGGAGGGCGUCACCCACAACGUCGAGCAGGAAGUGGAGAACCUCGGCACGGGCGAGGUGACAUUCUCCACUCACACAAACAAGGCGGAAAGCCUAGAGCCCGAGGGAAAGAGCCCUUAUGUGACCGCGCGGGCGGUGACGACGCGCACCGCGACUACGCACCACGACCUCGAUACGAAGGCGAAAACGCAGCAGAUGGAAGAGAAGACUGUCGCACACACGCUCACCUCAUCCGCCACCAGACACGAGCAACGCGUGCUCACGCAGCAAGUCAAGACCAUGGUGACCACCGGCGACCAGCUGGGUAGGCGCGGGUCGGGCAGCUCGCUGAGCAGCGGUGACUCGGGCACUCCCAUCGACUUCGAGGAGGGCGGGGAGGGCACCUACUACGUCACCGAGCCCGGGUCAUACACGACGACGACCAGCAGCACGGUGAUGGGCAACGCGCCCUUCGGCAGCAUGGUGCACGGCGCCGCCGCCACGACGAGCACGGGCCCGCAGAUAACGGAGGAGGUGGAGGCGGGCCAGGGCGAGGGGGAGGUGGUCUCCUCGCAGACCAUCAGCUCCAAGACACGCACCGUCGAGACCAUCACUUACAAAACGGAGCGCAACGGCGUUGUGGAGACUCGCGUGGAACAGAAGAUCACCAUACAGUCGGAUGGCGACCCCAUAGACCACGACCGCGCGCUCGCUGAGGCCAUACAGGAGGCGACGGCGAUGAACCCCGACAUGACGGUGGAGAAGAUAGAAAUCCAACAGCAGAGCACGCAGCAGUAACUCCCCUACAGCCGCCAUCUUGAAUCGUGACGUCACGUCCGCAACAUGGCCGCGACAUAGCGGCGACAUGGCGGACACCACUUUAUAAUAAAUACUUUUAAAUUGUUAUCGACCAAUAACGCGUACCUUAUAUAUUUAGUAAUACAUAAAUCUCUGUGUAUAAAUGUUAGAUUCGCGCCAUUUUUAACACAAAACAAGAUGGCGGACAGGAUGGCGGCGUUCAUACAAUUAGUUAUAAGCGAUACUGCGAAUAUUAUUUAAUGAAAACGUUAUAUGAUUAAUUAAUUAUCGAGUUAAUUGAUUUAUAUAGAUGUUCACGUCGGUGACGCCAUUUUUAUUUUAGGUUAAGAUCCGCUUCGAAAGGGAAUGUUGCCAUAGCGAUUAACGUGUUCGUGUCCGUUAUAGCUUUAAAACAUCUCGCACGAGACCACCGGUAUUUAUAAAAAAAAAACAAUUUUCUCCUCACAUCAAUUCAAUACUGGAACUCCGAUUUUACCCUUGACAAUGAAAGUCGCGAGUUUUAAUGUUAAGAAAGUAUAUUUAUAAUAAACGUUGCUAUUAAUGUAUUUAUAAUAUAUUUCAAAUAGAUGUAUAAUCUAUAGGGGCAUAAAUAUGGGGCGAAUUCCGGGGCAUAAAUAUGAGGCAAAUUCCGGGGCAUUUGGAGUAAAUUCCCUCAGUUACAAAAUUAAGUUUUAAAUAUCGAUUAGAUGUUAAAACAAUCUAUGGAUCUAUAGAUUAUAUAUCUAUGUCACCAUUAGGUGCUAUAUUUUAAGCGUCUUGUGGGCAAAUGUGGCUUCAGCUCCGGGUCGUUUUCAAACUGACCUAUUUAUGAAUUUCCAUACGACUCGGUAUAUUUGUAUGUUACAGCUUGAUCGGUGUAUAGGGUAAACUGAAGUUUUACUGCACAAUUUAUAUUUAACUUUUGCGGAUUUGUAAUUUAUUAACUUUCAAACGGGACAUUCCAACGCGAGCGAGAUGCCGCUAUAUUUCUCUCUAAUUCUUUCAAUUUAGAUUUAUAUGUGAUGUUCUGAUUUGUGGGCUUUUUUAUUCUAGUUUUUUAUUUUUUAAAAAUCUGUUAAUGACAUUUACUGCAUUUGUUUCGUGUUUUUUUUUCUUAUAAGCUCUAUGCUUAGAAAAUUAAAUGUUUUAUUUCUUUCUGUAGAUUAUUUCAAAAAAUUACAAAGUACCAAUAGUAUUCUUUAUUUUUUGUACAUUUGUACGUGUACGGGGUAGACAGAAGCCCACAAAUCGUCUAUCAACAAGGACAUAUUUGUUAUUUAAACGCUAGAUGUUUUUGUAAUAUGUCAAUUUUGUGAGCUGAUUCUAAAUCAGUAUUCGAUUUUAAUGUUUUUUCUUUAUAUGUAUAUUUUUUUAUAAUUUUCACAUUUUAUUAUUAAUAGUUUGCAUGAUGAUAAUUUUGUCUGUUUGUACGUUCAUUUGUGACAAUAUUUUACUACGAUCUUUGUGGAAAUAAAGGUUUUAAGCAUGAAUAAGUGAAAUGCUCUAUGGUUAUAAUUUUUUUUCCUUUGAUCGUUAAAUUCCGUCUUGUUUUAUGUAUUUAUUGAAGAUGUUUAUUUUUGUAAGAGUCCCCCACAUUUGUAUUGUUUAUUUUAACGAGAUGACGUCAUCAAGCAACGGAUAUUACAAUAAAUGAUGCUUUGUUUUAUUA